CCUCUCUGUAACAUGUGUCUGUGCGGUUGGCACAUGGUUCGGGGCGUGUGCUCUAGUUCAUAUUCUUUCUCGACAGUCAGUUGUCGAUGAAAAAUUUUUUUGCAACAUUUUUUUCAUCUAUCUUAAUAACAUUUGGAUAACCUUCUUUGGUCAUCCCGGUAAGAAAAAAAGGAAAAGCUCAAAAGUAAAUUAAAAAACUUUUAUAAGGAAUGCCAAUGAAAAAAAAAAGGACAUCGCUCCAACUUGCAAUGUCUUUUCUAAAUUACUGUUUAGUCGAUGACUCGAUGUAAUACAUUGUAUUCGCAUUGUUAUUUUUAUUUUAUCACCCUGCUUAGAGUUUCGCCCGGAGCCAUGAAAUUUUCUGGGAUGGCCUUGAUAUAAUUAUCCUCUUCCGCAGACCAUGUAAGAGGAAAACAGAACCUUCGCGGACGAACAGUUUGAUCUCUUUUUUUAUUACUCGACAUAAAUUCCCUGUAUGAACAGCAAUUUAUUUUGCAUGGCAUUGGUGAUCGUACUGUCUGUGCGAGUAGUUAAAAAAAAAGUGAUCGUACUGUCACGACGAGUCGACGAACGAAGACCAGCAACAACCGAGAUCAGAAUUGAAGCUAGCAAAUGCACGCGUCCACACAAAACCUUGCGAAAAACGAUCCACGACCCUCACAAGAAAUCUUGACCUCAGCUCACUAAUUAACUAACACAGGGAGUACGAAAACAAAAAUAAAACGUAGAGAGGUGCUUACUCCUAAUCAUCAUCAAACGAAGCAUCGUUUCCUGUGGCACACGCCUCACGGCGUAUGUCCAAGUCAUCAAUAAUUAGACUUUUCAACACAUGACUGCAUUGGCUGCUUGAUAUCGCCUUAUAUGCGCUCAUAAUUUCUUUGCCCUAUGUAGUACAAGUGUACAACCAAUUGCCAAACUGCUAUAGUUGAAACGAUGGCUGGAUUGGUCAUCGGCUACCUGGCCGUGCAGCUCUCGCUGAUGUCUCUGCUGCUCUGCCCGUCCUCGUCGACGGCGCAGCACACGCUGGGCAGAUCCUCCAUGUCGGUGGAAGACCACGCGCGGCCGUUCCUGGUGUCGACGGACGGCAGCUUCUCCUGCGGCUUCCUCGAGGCCGGCGACAACGCCUUCACCUUCUCCGUCUGGUUCACCGCCGACCCGAACAGGACCGCCGUCUGGUCGGCCAACCGCGACGCCCCCGUGAACGGCAGGGGCUCCAGGGUCUCGUUCAGCCGCGACGGCGAGCUGGCCCUCGCCGACACCAACGGGACCACGGUGUGGUCGAGCAAAACGACGGCUGGCACCGGGAACAGAAGGGGCCUGACCGUCUCCCUCCGCGACACCGGGAACCUCGUCGUCGGGGACCCGUCGACCGGCCUCGCCGUGUGGCAGAGCUUCGAGUGGCCGACGGACACGCUGCUCCCGUCGCAGCGGUUCACCAAGCAGACCAAGCUCGUCGCCGGCUACUUCAGCCUCUACUUCGACAACGACAACGUGCUGCGCAUGCUCUACGACGGCCCGGAGAUCGCCAGCAUCUACUGGCCGCUGCCGGGGUUGACCGUGUUCGAAAACGGCCGGACGAACUACAACAGCACGAGGAUCGCCAUCCUCGACGACGCCGGCGUGUUCCUGUCCUCCGACCAGACGAAAGCCGAGGCCACCGAUCUGGGCCUCGGCAUCAAGAGGCGGAUAACCAUCGAACAGGACGGCAACCUGAGAAUGUACAGCCUGAACGCGUCCACCGGAGGCUGGGCGGUGACAUGGUCGGCGCUCAAGCAGCCAUGCCAAGCUCACGGGCUGUGCGGCAAAAACGGCCUCUGCGAGUACCUGCCGAGUCUCCGGUGCUCGUGCCUACCUGGGUACGAGAUGGUCGACCGCCGGGACUGGAGGAGAGGCUGCAAGCCGACGUUCCCAGUCGGCAACUGCAGCCAGGGAUCGGCGCCGCCGCCGUCGCCGGCGACGGCGCCGCCGCAGUUCAAGUUCAUCGAGGUGGCCCAGACUGAUUUUUUCGGCUUCGACCUGGGGUACACCGAGUCCAUCACGUUCAAGCAGUGCAGGGACCAGUGCAUGAACAACUGCCAGUGCACCGCCUUCUCGUACAGGCUCGACGGCCGGGGAAAAUGCUACCCGAAAGGCACGCUGUUCAACGGCUUCACGUCGGCGAAUUUCCCCGGGAGCAUCUACCUCAAGGUGCCCCUCGACUUCAACGCCUCGUCGCCGCGGGUCUCCGCGCAGCGCGCCGCCGGCCUCGCCUGCGGUGCCAACGUCACCGUCGUGACCGUGUCCGCUGACGUGUACGGGAUGGCGCCAGGAAGCAACGGGCAGUGGACCUACUUCUUCGUCUUCGCCGGCGUGCUCGGAGUCCUGGACAUCCUCUUCAUCGCGACGGGCUGGUGGUUCCUCUCCAGCAAGCAGAGCAUCCCCAGCUCGCUGCAGGCAGGGUACAAGAUGGUGAUGACGAGCCAGUUCAGGCGGUUCACGUACCGGGAGCUCAAGGGCGCGACGGCCAACUUCAAGGAGGAGCUCGGCCGCGGCGGCUCCGGCGCGGUGUACCGCGGCGUGCUCGACGGCGGUAAGGUGGUGGCGGUGAAGAGGCUGGCGGUCGACGUGACGAUGCAGGGGGACGAGGAGUUCUGGUCGGAGAUGACGGUGCUCGGGCGGAUCAACCACAUCAAUCUUGUCAGGAUCUGGGGAUUCUGCUCCGAGCGCAAGCACAAGCUGCUGGUGUACGAGUACGUGGAGAACCAGUCGCUGGACCGGCACCUGUUCGACGCGUCCGACGGCAGCGGCGGCAAGGCGACGACGCUGGCGUGGAGCGAUCGGUACAAGAUCGCGCUGGGCACGGCGAGGGGCCUCGCCUACCUCCACCACGAGUGCCUCGAGUGGGUCAUCCACUGCGACGUGAAGCCGGAGAACAUCCUCUUGACGCGAGAGUUUGAAGCCAAGAUCGCCGACUUCGGGCUGGCGAAGCUGUCCAAGCGGGACGGCGGCGCCGGCGUGGAGCUCACCCACAUGAGAGGGACGUCGGGGUACAUGGCGCCGGAGUGGGCGCUGAACCUGCCGAUCAAUGCUAAGGUGGACGUGUACAGCUUCGGCAUUGUGCUACUGGAGAUGGUGGUAGGAAGCAGGGUCGCGGACCAGAGGACGGAGGCCGGCGAGCCGCUGCAGCUGCCGCAGAUCACGCAGGCGCUGAGGCAUGUGGUGGACAGCGGCGAUGUGAUGUCCCUAGUGGAUGCCAGGCUGCAGGGGCAGUUCAACCCUCGGCAGGCCAUGGAAAUGGUGAGGAUUUCUCUGGCGUGUAUGGAGGAGAGGAGCUGCAGGCCGACCAUGGACGACAUUGCCAAGUCUCUCACCGCGUUCGACGACGAGGACGAACACCCUGCCUACCACUCUUGAUCAGUACUCAUGACCACCAGGCAAAUGGCACGCUGGAUUAACUAUAGAAGUACAUCCGUACUUAGUUCAGAGUUCAGAGUUCAGAAUUUCUUUUUAAGCUCCUCAGAGCAUACUAAUUUUGUAUGAAGUUUUUGAAAAGAAAAACUUCAUUUUAUCUCUCAACUCAAAUAAAAGAUAGAACUGCGCCAAAUCUUUUUAAUGCUAGACAAAUUAGUUCUCUUAGUACAAUGCUACAAUCCAAUAUAUGUUAUUUUCUUGAAACAGGAAUCCAAUAUAUGGUUUUGGUUAAA